AUGAAAGCUUGUAGAGGUAUUACGCAAGGGGAUCCCAUAUCCCCCUUGCUUUUUGUGCUGAUGAUGGAGUACUUAAAUAGGUUGCUUGUUAAAAUGCAAAGGGAUCCUAAAUUCAAAUUUCAUGCAAAGUGUGAUAUCAUCUUAUUCUGCAUGGGAGAUACUACCUCAGUUAACAUGAUGAUCACCAUUGUUAAAUUCUUUUCCAUGUCUAUAGGUCUUAUUGUGAAUCCACAGAAGUGUAAGCUUUUUUAUGGUGCUGUGAAUGACAUUACCAAAGCAGCCAUCAAGAAGCUAACUAGUUUUGAUGAGGGGCAGCUGCCAAUCAAAUACCUUGGUGUUCCUCUGACAAGUAAAAGGCUGACGAUUAGCCACUAUCUCCCUCUCAUUGAGAAGAUAGUUGGGAGGAUUAGGCACUGGACACCAAGGCUUCUCAGUUAUGCAGGCAGAGCUCAACUCAUUCAGAGUUUUGCUUUUGCCAUACCUCAGUACUGGCUCCAAUGCUUCCCCCUACCCAAAUUUAUGCUGAAUAAAAUUGAUUAUAUUUGUAGAAUAUUUGUGUGGACAGGUAAACAAGACAAGAGCAGAAAAAGCCCCAUUUCUUGGCAAACAGUUUGCAAGCCCAGAUGUAGUGGAGGUCUCAAUAUCAUAAAUCUCACAAUCUGGAAUCAGGUGACUAUGCUUAAAUGUCUCUUGAACAUCUCACAUGUAAGCCUAACACUUUCGAGUCAACUGAGUUAA